AUGCAUGCAGCGCCCUCAUUCCUAUUUUCCUACGGUGCUUACGUUGACUCGUCGCAGUAUGCCGAAUGUCCGCCUGGGCUGGGCGGGCCUGGGUGCCUGGAGGGUACCUGCGAGUCGCCGUUUGUCGCGCCGGCCAGCCGUGGGUUAAAGGCAGAAAACGCAACGUUGUGCAACUCGUGCGAUGCGGGCUUCGGCGGUAUCAACUGCAACGUCUGUCAGGGCGUCGAUUCGUGCGAUGCUCGCCAGAAGAUUUCGGGUCAUGGUAUCUCUGGCAUCGUCAGCGGCGAAGAUCGCGGCAUCCUCGGACCGACGUAUGACCACUCGUUGACGUGCCACCACCAGCCAAACGCUGUCACAUCGACGUACAUGGAGUGCGACGUCGUGCACCCCACCGUCAAUUCCGUCUUCCCAGGAAGGAUUGCGCUGACGCUAACCAAGACUGGAAUGGUUGAGAACAACUUUACGGCGAGCGGCCUUGCAUCAUGGGAGGCAAAGGCCAACACGACGCUGACGAGCUUCUGGAUUGACGGGCAAGAGCAGUUCUACUGCCAGGCAUCGGACUGUUCCAGCUCCAACACGACGACGUCCAUCGAGGAAAAGGCAAGAUUUGGCACCGAGAACUGGAGCUGCUCCAAUCUGCAGUGCUUUUGCAUUCCUACGUCCUCGUUCUGCAGCAAUCCAAACCUGCCGCUGAAGCCCGUCAUUGAUGGCCUUUCCGGUAAGCUCGACCUGCCAUGCGACUAUGUCGACCCGACCGACCCAGGCGCGCGGACUUCGUGUGCAUUCAAGGGAGGACAGCUGACGCAAUUUCUCGGGGCCAGCGGGCUCCCGCUCAAGAACUGCCAAUCUGGAGCCUGCAUCAGCCGAGGCGACCUGCGAACUUUUUGGGCGCACGAUAUGGCACACAAGCUGACGGAUGGCGGCUACGAUCUCUCGCCGGGCGUGAUAGCGGGACUCGCCAUUCUCGGUCUCGCUGUGGCUGGCCUUGCGAUGCUCGUGCUCCUUGGUCUCAUCGCACAACGUCGCGCCGCGGCCCAGCCUCGCGCACCCAAGGGCAGCGCCGUCGGCCUCUCUUGGGAGAAUCUGCACUACCGCAUCAAUCUGAAGCAUACUCCCCUUGCACACGCCAGUGGCAAGAAGGGCAAUUCCACCGAGGACGGUCACGAGCUAUUUGAUCUUCGUGGCAAGGCCACCUCCUGGCAUCCAUCCGAGACUAUAAACAUCGUUGAACCCCCCUCGGCGAGGGGCGAGAUUUUGCGCGGCAUCUCGUCCUGCGUGGCGCCUGGGUGCCUCAAAUUUGUCAUGGGCGCCAGUGGCGCGGGCAAAUCGACGCUGGUAGACAUUCUGGGAGGUAGAGACAUGCAGGGGAAGGUCGAGGGAACCGUCUUCUUCAUCGGAAAAGAGAACGAAAUCUCCUCCGAGGUACGGAGGCGGAUCGCAUUUGUCGACCAGGAAGACGCCAUGGCUAUUCCGGGGUACAUGACGGUACGCGAGACGCUCAUGUUCGCCGCCGAGCUGAGCAACCCAGAGAACGUCAGCAGGAGCGAAAAGGCAGCCAUCGUCGACGAUGUCAUCCACAUGCUUGGUCUGGAUGCUGUUGCGAACCGACGUGUUGGUGACUUGAGGCGACGAGGAAUCUCUGGUGGUGAGCGGCGCCGCACGAGCCUGGGCGUCGCCAUGGUCUCUCGACCCAAGGUUCUCAUUGCCGACGAGUGCACUUCAGGCCUCGACGCCUAUUCGGCUUACCGUGUCAUCACCGCUCUUCGUCACCUCGCCAGCGGUCCAGAGACUGGAACGACUGUCCUUGUCACGAUCCACCAGCCCUCUUCCGAGCUCUUUUACAUGGCUGACUCCGUUCUCGUCAUGGACCACGGACGGACGCUGUAUGACGGCAGCCCAGCCAACGCCUUGGCAUUCUGCGAAAGUGUGGGAGAGCCCGUGACACUGGGCCAUAACGUCGCGGACAAGCUCCUCAUUUAUGCAUUCAAACAACACAUAGGAGAAGCAGCCAAGCCCCCUUCGUUCAGGGAGAGCUUUGUGGAGUUGGGCAUUCAGCCAAGCCUUGUCAAAGUCGGACGCAGUGGCAACUCGGCAUCGACGACGGCAAUGACGCAGACCGUUACGUUGCUCCGACGAUAUCUGAAGAUGACAAGAAGAGAGUACUCUGGUCCUUUGGCUCACGUCGGUGGUGCCGUGAUCUUAGGACUAAUUACGGGCGGGUCUUUCUACCAGGUUUCGCUUUCCAUUGGUGGUUUCCAAAAUCGAGUCGGAGCGAUCUUCUUUCUCUACAUCCUUCUCAUGACAAUGUGCAUCUCCGCUCUGACCGGUCUCAACAAGCUGCGAUUUCUGAUGAUGCGAGAACGUGCGACUGGCAUGUACUCGCCAGGCUGCUGGGUCGCCGCCCAUCUCAUUUACGACCUCGUCUUCCUUCGCAUCGUUCCGGCUACACUCAUGACUGUGAUCGUGUACUGGAUGGCGGGCAUGCACAACACUAUCACAAACUUUCUUCAGUUCCUCCUCGUGACGAUUGUCUUCACCGUCGUCAUGUCGCUGUACGACAUGUGCCUUGCGGCUCUCUUCGAGGACAUGUCCAGCGCCAUCAUCGUCGCGGGCCUCUAUGUCAUCUUCAACAUCGGCUUGGCUGGCUUUGUGCUCAACCUCAAAAAGAUGCCGGGGGCGCUGCGCUGGCUGAAGUGGAUCGUGCCGAGCAAGUACGCCCUCGAGGCCGUUGCGGUCAAUGAGGUCAGGGGACUCCAGAUCAUCGACAACCUCGGAGGUGUAAAAGUCGUGACCGACGCAUCCAUGGUAGCCAACACGGUCUUUUCGUUCGACUUUGGGGCCUACUACCGCAAUCUCAUCAUCCUCGGCUGCGGCUUCACCGUGGCAUACAGCCUCGUGCUCUUCGCCGCGGUGCAGUGGAGGAUGAAGGAGAAGCGUUGA